AUGCCGCAUGCACAGUUUAGGACUUUAGAAAGAGAGACGCGGUUUCAACACCCUCCAAAGGGCAAAUCCAAGUCGGAAACGUACCCACUUUUAGAAAACGCCGUGGCUCCUCACAUUGGUUCCUUUAAUGCUUUAACUGAAGGGUCUAAUGGAGGGUUGUUGAAUCUUGCAGUUAAGGAUAUUGGAGCAAAGACGAUUUUUGACUCGAAAAAUGAUUCAGGGUUGGGCAAUAAGAUCAAAAUAUGGGUUGAGUCUGUAUCCAUUGCCAAACCAAGUGUUGCACAAACGGAUAAAUUGUCCAUUAAUAGAAGGACAUUACCUAGUGAAUGCAGAGAAAGAAUGACUACAUAUAGAGCAAGACUCAUGUUGAAUAUCGCAUGGAGUGUCAAUGAUGGAGAACAACAAAACGAAAUAAGAGAAGCUGGUCAAAUCCCAAUCAUGGUCAAGUCAAAUAAAUGUCAUUUGGAAAAAAUGUCGCCUGAUCAAUUGGUCAAUGCAAGGGAAGAAAGUGAUGAACUAGGGGGAUACUUUAUCGUGAACGGUAUUGAGAAAUUGAUUCGUAUGUUGAUUGUGCAAAGAAGAAAUCAUGCCAUGGCUAUAAUACGUCCAUCUUUCGCCAAAAGAGGCGCUUCUUAUUCCAAGUACGGUGUACAAAUACGUUGCGUACGACCCGACCAAACCUCACAAACAAAUGUAUUGCACUACUUAAAUGAUGGAAUAGUUACUUUCCGUUUUUCUUGGAAGAAAAAUGAAUAUUUGGUGCCGGUAAUGAUGAUUUUAAAAGCCCUUAUUGAGACUAAUGAUAGAGAAAUCUUUGAUGGAAUUGUAGGCCAUGAUACAAACAAUUCAUUUCUAACUGAUCGUCUCGAAUUAUUGUUGAGGACUUACAAAUCGUAUAAUCUUUAUUCCCAACAGGAAACAUUGGCUUAUUUGGGUGACAAAUUCAGAGUUGUGUUUGGUGCAUCUCCUGAUAUGUCCGAUAUCAAUGUUGGUAAAGAAGUCUUGAAGAGAAUAGUCUUGGUGCAUUUGGAUAACAAUGAGGAUAAGUAUAAAAUGUUGUUAUUUAUGAUUAGGAAAUUGUACUCCUUAGUUGCUGGCGAAAGCGCUCCUGAUAAUCCAGAUGCCACACAGCAUCAAGAAGUCCUAUUAGGUGGAUUCCUCUUUGGUAUGAUCAUUAAAGAAAAGAUUGACGAGUAUCUACAAAAUUUCAAAUUACAGAUACAGUCAGAUAUCAAUAGAGGCAUAGGUGUUAAUUUUAUGGACAAAAAAUACAUUUUGAGAGUAUUCAUGAAGAUAAACGAAAAUAUCGGUCAAAAAUUACAGUACUUCUUAUCAACGGGUAAUUUGGUUUCACAAUCAGGAUUGGAUUUACAACAAGUUUCCGGGUACACGGUUGUUGCGGAAAAGAUCAAUUUUCAUCGUUUUAUUUCUCAUUUCAGAAUGGUUCAUAGAGGUGCUUUUUUUGCCGAAUUGAAAACCACCACUGUUCGUAAAUUGUUACCUGAAUCAUGGGGAUUCUUGUGUCCCGUGCAUACUCCGGAUGGUUCGCCUUGUGGUUUGUUAAAUCACUUGGCGCAUAAAUGUGUAAUUUCAACUACUGCUUCCGACGUCUCAAAAGUGCCCCAUGCGUUAACUCAGUUGGGUGUUUCUCCGCCAAAUGCAUUUGCCGCUGGACCAGAUUUAUGCUGUGUACAACUAGAUGGUAAAAUCGUUGGUUGGACUACUCACAAACAAGGUAAGAUAAUAGCUGACACUUUGAGAUUUUGGAAAGUUGAAGGCACUCAUGGACUUCCACUAAACUUGGAAAUUGGUUACGUACCUCCAUCAUUAAAAGGUCAAUACCCUGGGUUAUAUAUUUUUGGAGGCCAUUCAAGAAUGAUGAGACCGGUAAGAUAUUUACCCUUGGAUAAGCAGGAUAUUGUUGGUCCAUUUGAACAAGUGUACAUGGAUAUUGCAGUUACACCAGAAGAAAUAGAAAACAAUGUUCACUCACACGUUGAAUUUUCUCCAACUAAUAUAUUAUCAAUCUUGGCUAAUCUUACUCCAUUUUCAGAUUUCAACCAAUCACCAAGAAAUAUGUACCAGUGUCAAAUGGGUAAGCAAACUAUGGGUACUCCCGGUACCGCUUUGGUUCACAGAUCAGAUAACAAACUAUACCGAUUACAAACUGGACAAACACCAAUUGUUAAAGCUAAUCUAUACGAUGAUUACGGAAUGGACAAUUUCCCUAAUGGUAUGAAUGCAAUAGUUGCAGUUAUUUCAUAUACGGGGUACGAUAUGGAUGAUGCCAUGAUUAUCAAUAAAUCAUCCGACGAGAGGGGAUUUGGAUAUGGUACAGUUUACAAGGUUGAAAAAAUUGACCUCUCGCAAUCAAGAAGACGAGGCGAUCCGAUUUCGCAACAUUUCGGCUUUGGGGAUGACGAGUGGCCCCAAACAUGGAGGGACAAAUUGGACGAGGAUGGAUUGCCAAUAAUUGGGGUGAAAAUGGAAGAAGGCGAUCCAAUAGUAGCUUACUUUGAUGAUACCUUGGGCAAAACUAAGGUGAAAACAUACCAUUCUUCCGAACCUGGAUAUAUUGAAGAAGUCAAAUUAUUGGGCGAUGAUGCUGGUGACUCCGAGGGCCAGCAACUCACCAUUAAGUAUAGAAUUACGAGACAACCUUUGAUUGGGGACAAGUUUUCUUCAAGACAUGGACAAAAGGGUGUUUUGUCAAGAAAAUGGCCCCAGAUUGAUAUGCCAUUUACAGAAAGUGGGAUGCAACCAGAUGUCAUAAUCAAUCCACAUGCGUUCCCCUCACGGAUGACGAUUGGUAUGUUUGUUGAAUCUCUUGCUGGUAAAGCAGGUGCAUUACAUGGAAUAGCUCAAGAUUCCACACCAUGGAAGUUUAGUGAAUCCGACACCCCUGCAGAUUAUUUUGGAGAACAGUUAUUGAAAGCAGGAUACAACUUUCACGGUAACGAACCUAUGUAUUCUGGUGCCACUGGUGAAGAACUAAGAUGUGACAUUUAUAUUGGGUGCGUGUACUAUCAAAGAUUAAGACAUAUGGUGAAUGAUAAGUUCCAAGUUAGAUCGACGGGUCCUGUGAAUUCACUUACAAUGCAGCCAGUUAAAGGAAGGAAAAGAUCGGGUGGUAUUCGUGUGGGAGAGAUGGAAAGAGAUGCAUUAAUUGGCCAUGGUACUUCCUUCUUAUUGCAGGAUAGGUUAUUAAACUGUUCCGAUUAUACGCAAACUUCGAUUUGUCGAACAUGUGGAUCUAUUUUAACUACACAAACAUCUGUUCCAAGAAUAGGUUCAAUGGCUACAAUAAGGUGCAGGAGAUGUUCAACUAAACUAGACAAGUAUAAAGAAUAUGCUAGUGAUUCUGAAAUAUGGGAAGAUGGUCAUGGCGUGAAAUGGGUAGGUGGUGAUGAUACAACCACAGUUGCAAUACCUUUUGUUUUAAAGUAUUUGGAUAGUGAGUUAUCAGCCAUGGGUAUCAAGAUGCGUUAUAAAGUGGAGCCAACGUAG